CAUUUUCAUUUAAAAAUCAUAGUUAAGUAAAAAAAAUAGACUAAAAAAAUAAAACAAUUCUUGAAAGAGAUAGUAUAUUAUGCCUUUAUAAAUAACGAUAAAAUCCAUUAGCAAUAAAUUAAGCUCUUCUAAUUCAUAUACCCAUCUUCUAUCAUAUAAUUGGAUCUCAUCAAAAAUGGAAAAUAUAGACCCAAAGAAAAUCGCAGAAAGUUUUUUCAUGAUCCAUAACCCAGACGGAACAUUCACUCGUAGACUUGACAUCUACCCAAUUGUUCCUCCCUCCAUUACUGACCUAUCUUCACCUUCUCUUUCCAAAGAUAUUCCUCUUAACUCUGACAAAUCCACCUGGGUUCGAAUCUACUUACCUAGAUCUUUAUCCGAAAAAAAGAAGCUUCCGAUACUAAUCUAUGUUCAUGGAAGUGGGUUUGUUGUCGCUAGUGCGGCGCAACCCAACUUCCAUGAUUUCUGCUCGUACGCAGGCAGUUCACUGCCCGCGUUAGUUGUCUCGGUCGAGUACCAUCUUGCUCCAGAACAUCGUCUUCCUGCGGCGUACGAAGAUGUUCUGGAUGCUUUAAAUUGGGUAAAAGAAGGAAAAGAAAAAUGGGUAGAAGAGUAUGGUGAUUUAUCUAGAUGUGUUAUGAUGGGGGAUAGUGCGGGUGGAAAUAUUGUUGAUCGGGUUCGAUAUUUGGGGUGGCGGGUUCGGGUUGUGCGUAAUGAUGGUGACCCACUUUAUGAUCGGAGUGUGGAGUUGGUGAAAUUGUUGGAGAAGAAAGGGGUAAAUGUUAAGUGUAUGUUUGUUGAAGGUGGUAAACAUGGGAUGUUUGUGGGUGAGCCUUCUAAGUUUAAGUCAAAGGAGUUGUUGACUUUUGUUGAAGAUUUGUUUAAUGAUCAGUAAUUAAUGUUUACCAAGUUAAUGCUAGACUUUAUCUUUUGGUUUAUUGUUAUAGCUAGAAAAUGAGUGUAAUAAAUAUAUUCCAAAUGUUUUUUUUGAACAUUUUAUAAAUUUCGCAAAAAUGUGUUUUGUUGUAAUAUGCUUAUUGAUUAAUUAAGACUUGUGUUAAUAUAUAACAAAUGAUAACAAUAAAUAAAGACAGAGAAUACAUUUAGACGAUCCUCUAA